AUGUCUCGCAGGCAGCAGAACGUGCUGAAGAUCCAUGACAAGCACGUCUUAUCCGACGGAUCACCAAAUGCCUCCAGCCACAAAACAGGACCUGCAUCCACAUCUGAUACCGCUGCUGUGGGCACAACAGGAGCUGGUGCAACUGGGACCGACUCAACAGGUAUAACGAUUCCUGCAACGACCUCUCAUUUCACAACUGUAAGCACGACCGUAACAACAGCGGACACAUCUGAGAUCACGACCACGGGCGCAAUUGAGUCCACUACAACUGGGAGUACCACCACUGUCACCGCAAAUCCGGCGGAACCGGUCUCAACCGGGACUACUGCGGUGGAGGUGGCAAGUCCUGCCACCGAACCUGCCGCACGCGAGCUCACCAGUGUCACCACAAGUACUGCGGCCACAUCUAAGGGCGCCACCUCGUACAGGACCGGUUGCAGCUGGGACUGUCGCAGCGACAAGCCCUGCAGCCACAUCUGA